UUUUAAAAGAGUGCAAACGCAUAUAUUUUUAUUCUAUUCAAUUCAAAUGGCUGACAAAUCGACAAGUAUUGCUUUUAUUCACGAAUUAAACGAAGAUUGCCUGCUUUCGAUUCUAGAGUAUCUGACUUUGGAGGAUCAGGUGAAUUUGUGGCAGGCUACAAAAUCUGCUAUUCCUGCAAGUCGUUUAAACUCUCUCAUCACCUACAAUUGGCAAAAACAAACUAAACAUAUUAUAAAAAGAGACAUUUUCCAAGAGCAUUUGGAAUAUUUAGAUGAUUACUUAAAAUGCAUAAACGAAUCUGUUGAAGAACUUGAAUUGUCUUAUCUACCCAUUGAACUUGUUGAAAUAUUUCGUCAACACAAAUUUCCUUAUAUACAAAAAUUAUAUUAUUACGCCGAUGAAGAGGAUAAUGAAAAUGGUGACAAGGAUAUUGCCUUACUUACAGAAAUAUUUCCAUCCUUGAGGUCACUUGUUUUGAGCGGGAUGAGCACAGGCCUUUAUAUUAGUAAAUUUGAAAAUUUAAGUGAAUUGGAUUUGGAAGAAUGCGUAUGCUUGAAACCGGAUAACUUUCUGGAUAUUUCUGAGCAUCUCAAAUUAAGGAAAUUAAGCAUGCAAGUUCUAGCCAGCAAUGGACCCCUUUUCAUAAAGGCUCUGCCCAAUUUGCAGGAUAUCGAAGAACUUACCAUAAGCAUGGAUCUUCUUACCGAAACGGAUACAGUACAAAUUCUACGUUUACCUAAAUUACGUAAAUUGCGUUAUAACAGCGAUAUAGUACGGCAUAUACCAUUUAAUAGCAUUGUCGAAAUCCGGGGAUUGGAUAUAAUUCGUGCUACAUUCCAUGAUUCCAUUUAUAUCUGCAAUCCAGAAAUUUUUCCUAAACUACAGAAUUUACAAGCCCUCAGCAUUAUCGAAGACUAUGGCUGGAAUAGAGAAGAUCUUAUGAAAAUCCUUCAAUGCUUAUCCUCUCUAGAAGCAUUGCACUUGAUUGAGACGGAAAUUCUCCGUAAUGACGAGCAUCUUUGGGAUGUGGUCCGCAUUUGUCCAAAACUUAGAUUAGUAAAUUUAACCAAAAAUUGUUUUUACCAACAAUUUUUUACCUCUGAAAAAGAAAUAAUGGAAAAAACUUUAAAUGGACGCAAGGAGCGAUUGCAAGUGAAUUUAUAUCAAACGGAUUUAGGUUUAAAUACAGAUAUGAUUCUGGAGCAUUUUCGACAUCCCAAAUUGAACGUUACAUAUCAGGAUAUGGAUAUAGAGCAUUUAGCCGAAAGUGAUAUACAAAUCGAGUUUAAGCCUUUGGCAGUAUAAAGUAUUUUGAGGAUCACUAUGUAGGAGAUAAGGCUGCCUAGAAAAGUAAUUUGAAUCCAUUUCAAAA